UUCAGACGCCUGUAAUAUCAAAAGCAUUAGUUGAUGAUAACAUGGCAGAAAUUAAGAACCGAGUUCAUCUCGAUGACGCCAUCUUGUUCAAAAUAGUAGCUUCCGGUAAUACUUUAAAGAUUUACAGACUUAUGAGACUGUGUGAUCAUAAAACUACACAUUUUUCUAGCCACGCCCUGAACUGGGCUGUUUUUGAGGCUUGUAAUAUACGCCACGCCCAUUUACUCCAGUUCCUUAUCAAACAUGGCACGCGAUUGGAAAUCAGAGACGACAACGGAAACACUCCUCUUUUGAUUUGCUCCGCGAAAGGUUUUCCAGGCAUUGUGGGUAAGCUCUUGAGCAUGGGCGCUGACAUCAAUGCUAAAAAUAACAACGGAGAUACUGCUCUGAUGCUGGCUUCGUCAAGGAAAGUAAUUCAGUGUUUACUAAAUGACAGACGUUUACAUCUAGAUGAACGAAACUCGACUGGGAAUACAGCUUUAAUGUCAGCCAUCGGAACAUCUCACCUCCAGAAGGUCAAAUUGCUGAUCAGUGCUGGAGCUAGCCCAUACAGACGAGUAGGGGAAAUCUCGCAGAAUGGCUCUAACUCGUCGUCUGGUCCAGAUGAAAGUGCUUUUGACAUGGCCGAAAGAAUGGGAUUCGGUCAACUGCUGAAGCUGUUGUAUCGUGCCAAAAUGGUCGACUUACAUCCUUUGCAGUUGGCCGCUGUUGACAAUGAUUUUGAGACUUGCAUCACGUUGCUGAAGUAUAAAUUAUGUCAAAAAAAUGAUACUCAAAAUCUUCGGCCUGACAUCCUCUGUUAUGUUUUAAAACAGAUACAGCAAAGGGACGCUAUUCUUUCAUCAGACAUUGAGUUUGUUCGAGAGUUAUGCAGACUUGGUAUGGACGUCAAUAGAUGUCAGUGCUGUAUAAAGUCACGUAUGGAGCUCGUGCUGGACAUCGGAAACUACGAUCUGGCUAAAAUUCUUUGUGCCCAUGGCGCUAAGGUCACCCACUACGACCUGGUGUCCGCUGUUGAUAGACAUCUCGUCCAGAUGAUUCCCCUUUUUAUAAACCACGGGGCACCGGUGUACAAAUAUGACCACAUGGGUCAGGUGACUUACAAAGGUUCGGCCCUUGAUGUAGCAUUGGAGAACUCCUUAACGGGUACAGCCAGCUUACUUUUUAAUCACGGUGCCAAGUUCGAUUCUGAGUACGCUUUCUCUAAAGCUUUACAGAGCAACAACGUAAAGACGCUCAACUUUCUGAUGAAGUGUGCUGAAUCUAAGGAUCUAGCCAAAAAACAAGAAACUUUCGUAAGAGCUGUGAAGCUAGGAGACAUUCAGAACAUGCAAAAAAUGUUAGACGCAGGGCUGGACAUUAACCGGGUCCACGACAAUAAAACUCCAUUAAUGAGCGCUGUCCACACAGAGGUCAUCAACUUUUUAUUAAACAAGGGGGCUGAUGUCAAUUUGAAAACAAACACAACACCUUUGAUCAAUGCAAUCUCUUCGGGUCAUUUCUCAGAAUCAGCAGUUUUACGUAUUGUGGAUACAUUUCUAAAAAAAGGCGCUAUUUUGGAAGACACUGAUGCGUAUGGUUGCACGGCACUGAUAGCAUCCGUUAAAAGUAGACAUCGCAAGAUGGUUCUCAAAUAUUUGCUUGAUAUGGGAGCAGACGUAAACCGAAGAAACAAAGAUGGACUGACUGCACUGCACGUUGCAGCAGCAAAGAACAAAUUUGAUUGCGCAGAGACUCUUUUGAAGUACGGUGCAGAUGUUAACCUGAAAUGUAAUGCUGGUCGCUCUCCCUUACAUAACGCUAUGCAAAACGAACGUCUUGUGGCAUUAUUUCUGGAGUAUAAAGCGAAUGUGAACGCCACGGAUAAUUUGGGGAACACACCGCUUUUACUUGCAGUGAAGCGUUUUGAAGGCCCUGUAAAACUUGUCAAACUUUUGAUAGCCUCCGGCUCCGAUGUUAACCACAAAGACCAUUCUGGCAUGUCCGCUCUAUUGGUGGCCGCAGAGAAACUAAACAGGUCCAUCAUGACUUUGUUACUCGAUGCAAAAGCUGAUUUAGGUCAAGACGACCUGCCACAAAAGUUGGCGCAGUCUAGGGUACUCGAUACCUGGUUCCCCAGUGAACAAGUACAACAAACAGCAAAGAUACCGAUAGACCACGGAACUAGUGCAGACUUAGUCAGACGAGACCUCAUUCAUCGACUCAUCGCUGCUGGCACUGAUGGCAUUCUGAUUCAGAAACUAAUCAAGGCCGGCGUGAGUCCAACAGAAAUUGACAUAACGAAAACAUUGUUAUGCUGGCCUGGGACUUCUGUAUCGCCACUCACUGUUUCCUUAAUUCUAGACAGCCUGGACUUUGUACGUUUUUUUAUCGAGAACUGGUACUUAACGAAAUCAGACAUCAAAAUUUUAUCCAGGAAUGAAGACAUCUUGACCUACUUGGAACUACGUGAAACUAGAGCAAUUUCGUAUCUGAAGGAAGUUUCUCGCCAGCCAAUAAGAUUGGAGCUUUUAUGUAUCAUUACCGUCUCGUCUGCUUUAGGCUCAGACCGAGGCAGACGACAAAGAGUACACAACUCUAAACUCCCAGCCGUAGUGCAGAACCAACUUUUGUUCUCAAAGCUCGAAUAUAAGGUCCUAGAACCAGUGUCUGGUGACUUUCGUAUAUUAUUUUUGAAAAGUCUAUAAAAUAAAAAUCUUCUGUAAAUAACCCCGACAUUUUCCCAAGAUUUGGUUUCGUUUCUAGACAUUUGAUAUUGUAAUGAAUACAAUUAUAGUGGCGCUUAUGUCACAUCCACAGACCUAUAUAUAUUAUAUCUAGACUGAACAUGGAGAUCUCUUCUAUACAAAUUACGAUCUAAUUUUAAUCAACAAUGGUUAUUACGUGACAUUUUUUUUUGUUUAAUCAAUAUUAUCACUUGACCGUUCAUUUUAGAGAAUGAGGUCCAUUAAAGAAUGACAUUCAUUUUGUGUAUAAAUUUUACGUAUGUAUAAAUAGUAAUUUUGGGUAUCAAUUUCACUUCUGUAUAAAAUAUCAUCUUUUAGGUUUAAAUUUCACUUGGGUAUAAAACACUGUUUAGCGGUUUAAAUUUCAUAAAAUGUAUAGAGUAA